CUUGAGGGAGGAGGGAAAAGAAAGGAAGGGUUCUGGCCUCGCGUGACCCAGUUAAGAUGAAGCCUCUGCUCGAAUUUCAGACGCGUAGCUAACGAGUACAGGAGGAGGAGGAAGAGACGCCUACGCAGCUCAGAGGAACCCUCCCGCCUCGCGGUCGGGUCGUCCACUUUCUGCAUUCCUCCACCCUUCUGGGAAGAACCCGGCAGGCCUUCUGCUUGCAGCUGCAGCAACUAUAGGACCGGCGUCAUGGUGCCUGAGUUGCAGAAAAUAACUGUCCGGAUGAAGAAUCCUGAACAUGUAAAAAAUAUAGUUUCAGCACUCAGGAAAGGUGGAGCAGCAAGACUCCAGGUCAUUUCUGAUUUUGACAUGACUCUGACUCGGUUUGGCUUCAAUGGGAAGCGCUGUCCUACUUCACACAAUAUCAUAGAUAACUGCCGGGUCAUCAGCGAAGAAGGCAGAAAAAAGCUAAAAGAUUUACUCCAUCAUUACUAUCCUAUUGAAAUUGACCCUUAUCGGACUGUGGAGGACAAACUGCCUCUCAUGAUAGAAUGGUGGACUAAAGCUCACAACCUCCUGUCCCAGGAAAAGAUUCUGAAGAGUGAUAUUGCCCAAAUAGUGAAAGACUCAGAUGUUAAACUCAGAGAUGGCUUCAACGUUUUCUUUGACCAGCUGCAUGAGAGCAAAGUUCCCCUGUUCAUCUUUUCGGCAGGUGUGGGUGAUGUGCUAGAGGAGAUAAUUCAUCAGGCUGGUGUAUUCCACCCUAACAUCCAUGUGGUCUCCAAUUAUAUGGACUUUGAUGACAGUGGUGUUUUGCAAGGUUUUAAAGAUCCCCUCAUCCACAUCUAUAACAAGAACAACACAGUCCUGAAGAACUCAGAGUAUUUCCAGCAACUCUGCACAAGAACAAACAUCUUACUGCUUGGAGAUUCCAUGGGUGACCUCACUAUGGCAGAUGGCGUUGCUGACAUGGAGAAUAUCCUCCGGAUUGGCUUCCUGAACGACAGGGUGGAAGAACAGCGGGAGAAAUAUAUUGAGGCUUAUGAUAUUGUGCUGGAGAAAGAUGAAACAUUGGAUGUAGUAAAUGGUAUUUUACACUUCAUCCUGGCCCAAACUCAAGAUGCAUACUCCCCUAGCUCUUGAUGACUAGUUGCCUUUUGGAAAAUUUCCCUCAUUGUUUUUUGACAUUCCCACAAUCAUAGAAUUAAUUAGGGCCCGGCUAGCAUUAAUCUUAUUCUUAUAUCUACUAUAUUCCUAAUUAAAAAGCCAUCAUAAUUGUACAAAGAUAUAUACUAAUUUUGUAGUCAAUUUUCUCUUGGCCAAAAUGCAACAGAAUCAGGACUUAGUUUGACUAUUGAAACAUUAGAACAAUAUGGUGGUGAUAUUAUGGAUUAGACUUGUCUAUUGUCACUCCCCUUCUCUUAAAAUAGAAAGAUAAGCUAGUGGGGAUAAUGUGGUGCAGCCUACUUUUAAGCUACAUUACAAUUAUUGAAAUAACCCUGCUGUGGGAAACCAAUUUUGUAUUAUUGGUGAUGCUGCUUUAUGCAGAAGAAGCUGACUUGUGGAAUGUUGGGUCGAAGGGCUUUCCCGGGUGAAUAGCUUUGUUGGAAUCCUAUACGUUUGGGCAUGUUCUAAAUUGGCUGUGUGGAUGAAGUUAAGUAGCAGGUGUAAUAUAAACUGCCUUUAAGAGUAAGAAUGCAUACUGGCCCCAGUAGCUCUUGAGCUUUUUUCAAUUACAGUUAACGUGUAACAAAUAAGCUUAACCCUGAUAAUUAAAAAGUGUGUAUAACAUGAGUCUUUGCUUGAAUUGUAUGCAAACUAUUGGAUUUCUGAUGCUCUGUAUUUUGGUUUUGUGAAACAUGUUUUCCAAAAUGUUUUUGAACCACAAAUGGCCCAGAUCCAGCUUUUCCACAAAGUUUUCAACAUUUUUUUAUUCAAAAGACAUGUAAAUAUAAUAAAACAAAUGUCUUAUUUUGAACAUUUUGGUAUGCCUAUUUUAUUUUGUUCCAUCUGCUUUAAUUGAACCAAUUUUUUAAAAGUUACCAUAGCACCAC